AUGGCAAUGCAAGAGCUUAUUGAUAUUCAGAAAACGAUGGACGGAGGCGGGAAGUUCAAUCAGACGUAUACCGUCUUGGAAAAGUCGAGCAACAUCAAGAACCAUCACGAUGUAGUUACUCAACUUUUUGAGGACCAGUAUCCCGACUCCGACCAAUGGGAACCUUUAGGCUUUGGCGUUGCCCGAGGCCAAGCUACUGACCGCGCAGUUCACUGA